AUGGCGGCCCCCACGGUAGGCUCCGAGCGAGCCACCAUGGUCUCCGGUGCCGACCCUCUUGGAGACGCGGUCCGGAGACGCAACGUUGCUUCUGUUACUCCAACUGCUUUCGAAACGCCCCAGUCCGUGGACAACAAGAAGGCUGUGGUUCCAGUGAAGAAGGAACAGAGCUUCCUCGAUUCCAUCGCGAGCCGGGAGUGGAUCAUUGCCCCUCUCGUAUUCACGUUCCUGGCCUUCUUCACGCGUUUUUAUAAGAUUGGCCUCUCUCCCAUUGUGACAUGGGACGAAGCCCAUUUCGGAAAGUUUGGUAGCCACUACCUCAAGCGCGAGUUUUACUUCGAUGUCCACCCUCCUGCCGGAAAGCUCCUCGUUGGUCUGAGCGGAUUGCUUGCCGGUUACAAUGGAUCUUUCGAGUUCAAGUCCGGCGAGACCUACCCCGAGGAAAUCAACUACACCUUCAUGCGCCAGUUCAACGCUUUCUGGGGAGCCGUGUGCGUUCCCAUGGCCUACUAUACCGCCAAGGAGCUCCGCUUCAAGCUCCCUGCCGUCUGGCUCGUCACUCUCAUGGUUCUCUGCGAGAACUCGUACACCACCAUUAGUCGCUUCAUCCUCCUCGACUCUAUGCUCCUCUUCGGUACCGUGGCCACCACUCUGUGCUGGGCCAAGUUCCAUAACCUGCGCAGGAAGAGCUUCUCGCCUGAGUGGUUCUCCUGGCUGUUCUUGACUGGUCUCAGCAUCGGCUUUGUCUGCAGUGUCAAGUGGGUUGGGCUCUUCGUUACCGCUCUCGUCGGUCUCUACACCGUUGAGGACCUUUGGAACAAGUUCGGCGAUGUCAAGAUGCCCCCUAAGGUUCUGGCUGCCCAUUUUGCCGCUCGUGUCGUCGGCCUCAUCAUCCUGCCCUUUGCGAUCUACCUCAUGAGCUUUGCCAUCCACUUCAUUGUUCUGACCAACUCCGGCCCUGGCGAUGCCCAAAUGCCCUCGCUCUUCCAGGCUAAUCUGAGAGGUACCGAGGUUGGCAGAGACAGCCCUCUGGAGCUUGCUCUCGGCUCUCGCGUGACCAUCAAGAACAUGGGCUAUGGUGGUGGCCUGCUUCACAGUCACGUUCAGACCUACCCUGAGGGCUCUAACCAACAACAAGUGACUUGCUACCACCACAAAGAUUCCAACAACGACUGGUUCUUCUAUCCUAACCGCAGGGAGCAAGCUUAUGAUGAGAGCUCUGACGAGAUCCGUUAUAUUGGUGAUGGCAGCACUGUUCGCCUCAUCCAUGCCCAGACCGGCCGCAACCUUCACUCCCACGAGAUACCCGCUCCCAUGACCAAGGCCGACAAGGAGGUCUCCUGCUAUGGCAACCUUACCGUGGGUGAUGAGAAGGACCACUGGAAGAUUGAGGUCGUCAAGGACACCAAUUCUCGCGAUCGCUCCAAGAUCCGCACUCUUACCACUGCCUUCCGCUUGAAGCACGAGGUUUUGGGAUGCUACCUCCGCGCUGGAACCGUUAACCUUCCUCAGUGGGGUUUUAAGCAGAUCGAGACUACCUGCACCAAGACCAACAACCCCCGUGACACCUAUACUCACUGGAACGUUGAGUCCCACACUAACCCCAAGCUUCCUCCUGCUGAGCCCGGCCAGUACAAGAACCAAUUCUUUCAGGACUUCAUUCACUUGAACGUUGCCAUGAUGACAUCGAACAACGCUCUUGUUCCCGAUCCUGACAAGCAGGACGAUUUGGCUUCCCAGUGGUGGCAGUGGCCUAUCCUUCACGUUGGUUUGAGAAUGUGCAGCUGGGACGACAAGACCGUCAAGUAUUUCUUGCUUGGCAACCCUCUCGUCUACUGGGGCUCCACUGCUGGUCUCGGUGUCUUUGGCCUUCUCGUCAUUUGGUACACUCUCCGCUGGCAGCGUGGUUACAACGAGCUCAACCAAGAUAGCAUUGACCAGAUCCACUAUGCUGGAAUCUACCCUGUCAUCGGCUGGUUCCUCCACUACCUGCCCUUCAUCGUCAUGGGCCGUGUCACCUACGUUCAUCACUACUACCCGGCUCUCUACUUCGCCAUCCUCUCCUUCGGUUUCCUUGCCGACUGGUUUUUCAGAGGCAAGAGCAAACUUACGCAGAGCAUUGGCUUUGGUAUCCUUUAUGCCACGGUUAUCGGGCUUUACAUCUUCUUCAUGCCCAUCAGCUGGGGAAUGGUGGGCCCGAACCAGCAGUACAAGUACAUGAAGUGGUUCGACAACUGGAGAAUCUCGGAUUAA